UGUCGAAGUUUCUCAUUGGAGGUGGUUUUCGAAUCCCGGAGUUGGUCGGGCGAAAGUGGUCAUUGAAGUUGAUCAUCGAAUAUGAUUUUUACUAGAGAUUGUAGUCGGAGGUGACUGUUAGAGUCCAAAGUUAUUUGCAUGAAGGUUGUAUUAGAGUUGGUUGUCGGAGUUUGUCAUCGAAGAUAUUAGUCAAAGCCUCGAGUUGACCGUCGGAGUUGCUCGCUCAAAGAAGAUCAAAGAAGAUCAUCGAAUGUGAUUUUCAUCGAAGUUUGUAGUUGGAGGUGGUUGUCGAAGCCUACAAAGGUGGUUGUCGGAGUUGGUCAUUGGAGUUUGUUAUCUGAGCCAAUUGAUCAUCGGAGUUGAUAGUGCGAAGGUGGUCAUCAGAGUUGGGUCACCGGAGGUGGUUGUCGGAGGCCAGAAUUGGCUGUCACAGUUGGUCGCGGGAAGGUUGUCGGAGCUCGGUGUUGGUCGUUGGAGUUGUCAUCGGAGGUGGUUUUCGAAGUUCGAAUUUUCGUCGUCGGAAUUUUCAUCGGAGGUGGUUGUCGGAGCCUGGAGUUAGUCGCUGGAAUUUUCAUCGAAGGUGGUUAUUGGAGUCCGGAGUUAGUUCUGGGAGUGUAACCGUGACCGAUGGGUGGAGCCAUUGAAAACAUGGAAAGAAGAGAGAGUUGGAUUGAGUUGGUAAAAUAUACCAACAUUUAAAGUUUGUGGGCCAAACAAUAAGUUGAGUUGGUAUAUAUUAUACCAACUCAACUUAACUUAUGUUGGUGAGCUAAACACCCACUUAAAUUUUUAGUUUAUCAUCCGGCCCUUCAAGAAACAAGCGUAAUCAGGCAUUCAACCGAACUGAACCGGUCGGUCAAACCGUUUUUAACUGAACCAGUUGCUUCACGAAACCCGUUUUCCUUCUUUGAAUUGUUGUGCCAAUCAAACUCACUGGGCAGAGGUGCGGCAGUGCUGGACCGUAGUGGCACGACGAAGCGGCGGAGCUGGACCAGUAUCGGAGACCAGCAACAGUUCUGGUAUGUCGAGGCGGCGGUCCCACGAACAAAAGUGCAGAGACCCACGUCGGAGGACGAGCAGAUCUGAGUCGGCGGUGACUGGUAAACAGUAGGUUUCGCAACAGAAAAAAGUUAUUUUUCUUUUACCAUGUUCAAUUCUGUAUAUUAUUGAAGAUAAUUAUCUGUUUACAAAGGGAUUUAGAAGAGUGUAUAAUAUACACAAAGGAGAUUAGGAAAAUACAAUUUAGCCUUAAAAAGAAGAGAUUCUAAUUGGCUAGUUUAUAGCAUAACAUACAUGGUAAUGCAGAUGAUAUGCACAAACACUACCACCUCUGCCAUUCAUGGACGAAAAUUCUUCCUCACGCUUCUUAACAAGGCCACUACACUUCCCCAACUCCUCCAAAUCCACGCACAGUUAAUCCUCCACGGUAUCCACAAUGAUCUCUCUUCGAUUACCAAGCUUACCCACAAGUUCUUCGAUCUCGGGGCCGUUUACCAUGUGCGCCAACUCUUUGCUAAGGUUUCCAAACCCGAUCUAUUCUUGUUCAAUGUCCUUAUUAGAGGCUUUUCCGACAAUAGUUUGCCUAAAUCUUCGAUCUUUCUCUAUACCCAUUUGAGAAAAGGGACUAAUCUUAGGCCAGACAAUUUCACUUUUGCAUUUGCGAUUUCAGCUGCUUCGAGAUUUGAGGAUGAGAGGGUUGGUGUCUUGUUGCACGCGCACUCCAUUGUUGAUGGGGUGGCGUCGAAUUUGUUUGUUGGGUCUGCAAUCGUUGAUUUGUACUUUAAAUUUACUCGCGCUGAGUUGGCGCGUAAGGUGUUUGAUGUAAUGCCUGAGAGGGAUACAGUUCUUUGGAACACAAUGAUAUCUGGGUUUUCUAGGAAUUCUUAUUUUGAGGACUCGAUACGUGUUUUUGUGGAUAUGCUCAAUGCUGGGUUGUCAUUUGAUUCUACAACUUUGGCUGCGGUUCUUACAGCAGUGGCAGAGUUGCAGGAAUAUAGGCUAGGGAUGGGUAUCCAAUGUUUGGCUUCAAAAAAAGGACUCCAUUCUGAUGUUUAUGUGCUUACAGGAUUGAUAUCAUUGUAUUCAAAAUGCGGGAAGAGUGACAAAGGAAGGCUAUUGUUUGAUCAGAUUGAUCAACCAGAUUUGAUAUCUUAUAAUGCAAUGAUUUCGGGUUAUACUUUCAAUCAUGAAACUGAGUCGGCAGUAACACUCUUCAAAGAAUUGCUUGCCUCCGGACAAGGUGUUAAUUCAAGCACUUUGGUAGGCUUAGUUCCAGUCUUUUCGCCCUUCAAUCAUCUGCAACUUACUUGCUUGAUUCAAAAUUUAAGUAUGAAAAUUGGUAUUAUUUCGCAACCUUCGGUUUCAACUGCUCUUACCACUGUUUAUUGUCGACUAAAUGAAGUACAAUUUGCAAGGAAGUUGUUUGAUGAAUCUCCGGAGAAAAGUUUGGCUUCCUGGAAUGCCAUGAUAUCAGGGUAUACUCAAAAUGGGUUGACAGAGAGAGCAAUUUCUCUUUUCCAGGAAAUGGUGCCUCAACUCAGUCCAAACCCUGUUACUGUCACCAGUAUACUUUCAGCUUGUGCGCAACUUGGAGCUCUAAGUAUUGGAAAAUGGGUUCAUGGCUUGAUUAAGAGCGAAAGACUUGAAUCGAACCUGUAUGUUUCUACCGCAUUAGUUGAUAUGUAUGCAAAAUGUGGUAGCAUCGUGGAGGCUCGUCAAUUAUUUGACUUGAUGGCAGAAAAGAAUGUGGUAACCUGGAAUGCCAUGAUAACCGGUUAUGGUCUCCACGGACAUGGCAAGGAAGCACUAAACCUCUUUAAUGAGAUGUUGCGAUCUGGGAUUCCACUGACAAGGGUUACUUUCCUUUCUAUCUUGUAUGCUUGCAGUCACUCUGGCUUGGUGAGAGAGGGAAAUGAAAUUUUCCAUUCUAUGGUUAACAAUUAUGGUUUUCAGCCCAUGAGCGAGCACUAUGCUUGCAUGGUUGACAUCCUUGGGAGAGCUGGACAGCUAACAAAUGCCUUGGAGUUUAUUGAAAGAAUGCCUCUCGAGCCUGGCCCAGCUGUUUGGGGUGCAUUGCUUGGCGCUUGUAUGAUUCACAAGAAUACAGAGAUAGCCCAUGUUGCUUCUAAAAGACUUUUUCAAUUGGACCCAGAAAAUGUGGGGUACUAUGUUCUACUUUCUAAUAUAUAUUCUACUGACAGGAAUUUCCCCAAAGCUGCUUCAGUACGACAAGUUGUUAAGAAGAGAAAACUAGCAAAAACACCUGGUUGCACUCUAAUUGAGAUUGGCAAUCAACAAUAUGUGUUCACAUCUGGGGAUCAAUCCCAUCCUCAGGCCACAGCCAUUUUUGCCAUGCUAGAGAAGUUAACAGGGAAAAUGAGAGAGGCUGGAUAUCAGGCAGAAACUGUCACUACUGCUUUGCAUGAUGUAGAGGAUGAAGAGAAGGAGUUAAUGGUGAAUGUCCACAGUGAAAAAUUAGCAAUUGCUUUUGGGCUUAUUUCAACUGAGCCUGGAACUGAAAUUAGGAUUAUCAAGAACCUCCGAGUUUGUCUAGAUUGUCAUACUGCAACUAAAUUUAUAUCAAAGAUCACUGAGAGAGUGAUUGUGGUUAGGGAUGCUAAUAGAUUCCAUCAUUUCAAAAAUGGUAUUUGUUCAUGUGGAGACUACUGGUGAAAAUAACAUUCCCAUUGCAGUCAAGAUUCUUGGAUUGGAGGAACCAUAAAAGCCAGAAGCCAUUGACAUUUCAUGUAUGAGAUUGAGGUAAUUUAUUAAUUGUAGAUAUUAUGAUUAUUUUCAAAGAAGAUUUACUUAACUCAGGAGAAUCAUCAGAUAUUUAUUGAUAUGCUGCGGGCUGUGACAAUACAAGAUUAUACUGUUAUACCUGCCAGAUAGAAAUGUAAGAGAUAGCAACUUAACCCUUUAUUGGAUUUCCAUCCAUUAGUUUUUACAUAUUUGUUUACUAUUAUCUCAGGUUUUUUCCUUCAUGAGUUAUAGCACAGAGGUUUGCUCGACAGUUUUGUUCAUAUGACCUUGCAUGCCUUUGUCUUCCAUAUUAAUUAUUGAACAUUUAAUUGAAAACUAUACUUUAUCCAGCAGAUUCAGGCUUCAGCUGCAUUCUACUUUCAAAUCAGCAGUUCAUAAACAUUAAUAAUGUUGAAUAUUGACUUGUGCUGUAGGUACAUAUCUAGGUCAUGCAUGGCUUUACAUUCUCUUUCUUCAGAAAUUGUGUAAAUCCAUUUGCAAAGGAGAAUAAAUGGUCUUGGCUAUGUUUCUGAGGGUUUUGGCAUGGAUUAUUUACAACGUUUGCAUGAAGUAUUUAUAUUUAUUCUCUUCCAUAUUUAACUUUUUGGAUACUCAGGAGGUCCAUUUGCCGCAUUUAGGAAUAAAUUAUAUAAAUGCGUAUCCAAGAAUGUUAAUCCCUGAGGUUCUAUAUUAUCUUUGGCUAUGAGUCAGAAGUUGCCUAUUUCUAUGCAUGUGUGUGAGAAUAUUUCUCCUUGAUCUUUUGUUUCGUUUUUGCUUACGUGAAGCCAUUGGUCAUUUUUACUAGAUCUUUCAUAUCAGUUGCUCUCAAAUUUGAUUUCUAUACUGUUUAAUAUUCUGUUUAUUCUAGAAUCCAUGAAGAGCUUAGUUUUGGAUCAAAAGAUGAUAUACAAAUUUCUAAAAUUUCUAAUAGAUUGAAUCAUGGAAACCUUGAUUUCUAUACUGUAUGCUUUCUCAAUGGACAGGGUGAUGAAGGUACAAGUACAAUAUCGUAAUUUUCUAUAUGAAGAUUUGUUUUGUGUACAAACUGAAUUAAACAAAGUACAGACACGUUAUCUUCAUUUGUCCACAAAACUAGGCAGAUUGCAGGGAGGGUACAAUAGGCGAGAAGUGGUAUUGAAGUGAAGGGGUAGACAGUUGUGUUGACAUAUGCAAAUCUCUCGAGCCACUUUAGCUUCCCACCCUUAUAGCCAUACCAAACAGGGCAGUGGUUGCUGAAAAAGAUUUCAAUAGACCCGAGUGCCCACCGAAGCACCUGGUUCAGCCGAUCAGACAAGUUGAUGGGAGCUGUACCCUUAAAUGCAGGCAUUAGCGUGUCAAUAGAGAAAGGAGGAGGAAGGUUGCGUUCAGAUGUUUUCUAAACAGGGCUGCUGGGCUAGAGGAGGGCGGAACACCACCUUCUUCCAUCAAAGUAGAGGAGUUAUCACAAAAUGAUGGCAAUGUAUCCACCGAGAUGCUAACCAACAAAAAUGUAGACUCACCUGCAACAUCUCCAUCUGCCCCAGAGUUCUUGAGCUUCUUGCGACGUCCAAAGCAUGGACAACAAUCACAGCUUACCAUUUUUGGGCGCUUAGGACCUUUUGGGGGUUCAUAACCGUAUAAAGCUUGCCUCCUAAAGACACACCCAGUGCCGACAUAUACAGGUGCUCGUGGUUCUAUGGAGAACUUCUUACAAAAAGGCACCCAUUUCCUUGCAAAUUCUGCAGUUUCAGACAUUGCUUCAAAGGUAAGCAUGGAAGCUCCAUCGUCCGAGACAUAGCAUGAAAUCUUAUCAACUGGAUAGUCCAUGGCCAAGAUAGAUAAGAUUGUGUUAGCUGUUACAAGAGGAGGUUCCUUCAUCGGAUCUACAGUACUGACAAAGAUGUCUACUGGAGCAAGCAAAUUAGAAUUGAUAUUACCUUAAGGAUAGACGAUCCAAGUAGGUUUCACGAUCGAUUGGGAACCAUUUGGGGAACUGAUCAAGGAUCCAUGAAAAUGCAAACCAGAUUUCACAUAUCACAGAAGUUAGCCAUAAACCCAAUGCGUCAUGCACUGGAUUUAGAAUCCGGUAUCGAAGGAAGAAGGCUAGAAUAACAAGCCGGGCUACAAUAACCAUCCGCAAGGUCUGCAAACUGGAAAACCACAUUCGUUGCAGGCAACAAAUAGAUCACCAUCCACAGUAAGCCCCACUUCAUCACCACAGAUCUCACAAACUUGACCGUCCAAGUUCUUCAACGGCUUUGGCUACAGAAGAGAAAACAAAACAAAAACAACCAUAUCAGCCACAAACACGCAUACCAAAACUAUCUCCCACUGCACUUUCUGAUUAAAGUUCACCUCCUCAUGGCCAUGAAUGACAACAAGCUCAUUACGAUUGUGAGACCCAGCGACAAGUCCAGCGCUGGCUUCCAUGGCUUGCAAUUGACACGGGGAGAGACUAAGCGUUCAGUGAAGGAUGAGAGUUUGAAGCAAUGAAUGUGCUUUAUGAAGGAGAAAGGUAGAGAAGCAAAAGGGUGCCAUGAGAUAUUCAAUUGUCUUCUUCACCUAAUGUGUCCAUGUAAUGGGUGGUGAGUUGGUUGCUGUGUCAAAGUCCCCAGUCUUGCCUUGAAGUUAAGCUUCCUCCCCUUCACUAUUCAACCGCCUUGUUGAAGUCCCAACCAUUGAGAUAUCAUUGCUGUUCUAUUGCUUCUUUCUUUAGAAUAAUUCUUCAUUAUUAACUAUAUAUCAUGAUCUCCAAACCCAGUCAACUCAGUAAAACCUUUGCAUAGUGAUCAUCCAAUA